AUGGCAACCGCAACAACAAACCCCGAAAUCCAAGAAGACGCCUACUUCUCCUCCCAACCGCCCCCGCGCGCCCUCGAAACCCACGUCGCCGCCGCCCGGUCCUUCAUCGCCCACCACGCCGCCAUCCCCUCCCGCCGCAUCGUCCUCGUCACCUCGGGCGGCACCACCGUGCCCCUCGAGAAGCAGACGGUCCGCUUCAUCGACAACUUCUCCGCCGGCACCCGCGGCGCCACCUCGGCCGAGUACUUCCUCGAGGCCGGCUACGCCGUCGUCUUCCUGCACCGCCAGUUCUCGCUGCAGCCGUACUCGCGGCACUACUCGCACGCGACCGACUGCUUUCUGGAUUUUCUUGCGGAAGGCGGGGAAGGCGGGGAGACGGUCGUCGCGGCCGCGGAGCACCAGGAGCGCAUGCGCGCCGUGCUGAAAAAGUACCAGGCGGCCAAGAGGGGCAACAUGUUGCUCAUGCUGCCGUUCACGACCAUCACGGAUUACCUGUUCGAGCUGCGCGCCAUCGCGGGGUUGUUGAGGCCGCUGGGGCCCAGGGCGCUGUUGUACCUCGCGGCCGCGGUGUCGGAUUUCUUUCUCCCGCAGGAUAGGAUGGCGGAGCACAAGAUCCAGUCGACUAAUGCUACGGACUCGUUCUCGGGGGCACCUGCUCCCGCGGCGGCUGCCAAGACGAACAACGGCAGCGGCAACGGCAACGGCAACGGGACGACGGACGACGAGGAGACGUUCGACAACUUCGACUCGUCCCCGCGGGUCCCGCGCUCCAAGCGUCUCGUGAUCGACCUGGACCCGGUGCCCAAGUUCCUGCAGAACCUGGUGGACGGGUGGGCGCCGCAAGGGAUGGUGGUGAGCUUCAAGCUGGAGACGAACCCGGCGAUCCUGGUGCACAAGGCCAAGUAUUCGCUGGAGCGGUACCAGCACCACCUGGUCAUCGGCAACCUGCUGUCGACGCGCAAGCACGAGGUCGUCUUCGUGGCGCCGGGCCGGCGGGACAGGUGGGUCCGGGUGCCGGGCGCGGGCGCGGCGCAGCGCGGCAGGACGGCCGAGGACGCGCCGCUCGACCCGAGCGCGCUGCCGGAGGGGGACCCGGAGGUGGAGAUCGAGAGCCUGAUCAUCCCCGCGGUGCAGGAGUUGCAUUCGAAGCAUAUCGAGUCGCUGCGGGAGUAG